AUGCGUGCGUGUGAGGAUGAAAUCAGCUCCAUUGAGAAGAAUAAUACAUGGGAUCUUGUUGAACUUCCUUAUGGAGCCAAACCAAUCGGUUUAAAGUGGGUGUUCAAGCUAAAACGGAACUCCGAUGGAAGCAUCAACAAACACAAGUCUCGACUUGUGGCUAAAGGGUAUGUACAACGUUAUGGGAUCGAUUUUGAAGAGACAGCCUUCCUUCAUGGAGAAUUGAAAGAGACUGUCUAUGUCAAGCAACCGGCGGGUUUUGAAGUCAAAGGAAGCGAAGGAAAAGUGUACAAACUCAACAAAGCACUAUAUGGAUUGAGACAGGCACCAAGAGCUUGGAAUCACAAGUUGAAUCAAAUCCUCAUGGAGCUCAGGUUUACAAAGUGUUCAAAGGAGCCAUCGGUUUACCGGAAGGUAUCAGGAGAUAAUCUUCUUCUCAUCGCUGUGUAUGUCGACGAUCUGUUUGUUACAGGAACGAACAAGAAAAUCAUUGAGGAGUUCAAAGAAGAUAUGGCCUCUAAGUUCGAUAUGAGUGAUCUUGGUAGAUUGACAUACUAUCUUGGAUGGAGGUACUUAAAAGGGACAACUACACUUGGGUUAACGUUUGAGAGAUCGAGCACAAGAGUCCCGAGACUCAUUGGUUACAGUGACAGUAGUCAUAAGGUUGAUCCAGACGACGGGAAGAGCACAACCGGACACAUAUUUUACCUCGGAGAGAGUCCCAUUACUUGGUGCUCGCAGAAGCAAGAUACGGUGGCACUAUCUUCAUGUGAAGCUGAGUUUAUGGCAGGACAGAGGCGGCAAGACAAGCUAUUUGGCUUCAAGACUUACUUGGUGAAAUCACAGGAAGACCUUGCGAGAGAGUUGUCAUUCGCAUUGACAAUCAAUCUGCGAUUGCUCUCACAAGGAACCCAGUGUUUCUCGGUCGAAGUAAGCAUAUACAUAAUCGCUACCACUUCACAAGAGAGUGUGUUGAAAACGGUCAAGUCGAGGUGGAGCACGUUCCCGGAGAGAAGCAAAAGGCAGACAUCCUUACCAAGGCACUUGGAAGAAUCAAGUUCAAAGAGAUGA